AUGGAGCAGGUGGACCGUCCGGAACAUAUGCAUUUCUCACCAGCGUUAAAGGAUCGGGAGCUGGCAUAUAACGAGGGCAUGUGCGAUAUCGCUGACGCAGCUACAGGUAUGGCUCGCAUCUCCGAUGCCCUCUUUGUUGGCUUUGCUGUCCGUCCUGAGUGGGACCCUUCCAAACCCCUUGACCCCUGCCAGAUACAAGUGGAUGUCAUUCGCACGAGGCAGUGGAAGAUGGAUGGCAACCGACAUUGGCAAGAGACCAUCAACAAGAUAAUCAAAUUGCUGCAGGACGAGGUUGCGGCGGAACACAUUCUGCGCUACCGGAAACGCGCAGGUAACUUCUUGCCGCACUUAGGGUAUGUCGACACUGGACACGGUCUGCACGAAAUCGAUGUCCAUCUUAGUCCACGUGUCUCACGAGGAGCUGUAUCUGCAACCGCGACUCCGGCUGGGCCUUCAUUGCCCGUCCCCAGGUUGUCUCCCGCUGCUGAAGCUCCUGCGACUCCGCGAAGGCCCCGCACGGCUGCUACGGCCCCGACCUCGCAGAAUCAGAACCCUACUGUGACCAAAGCCUUGAAUCCACCGCAGACACCUGGUCCAUGGGCUCCCCCGCCGUCCAAACCUCGUCCAGCUGCUACGCCAUGCUCUCGGGCGAAUGCAGAAGCUCAGACGCAACCCAUGCCGGCUACUCCGGCAACAACUCCCAAGCCCGAGGAGCCUGCUUGUCCCUCUGGUCAUGCCACCUCACGCUCGCAGUCUGGAGAGACACCAAUCCAUCAGGUGUCAACGUCCGAUGCGAAGGAUACCACUGCUCCCAGGAAGCAUUCCGGGAAAGGGAAGGCAAGGGACCGGCCGGAGAGUAUCAAACCCUUUGCAGGUACCUACCACCCCAAUGGCAUAUACCCGCGUUUACCCUCUGGAGAGGGGAAUAUGUUCCGCCGUUUUGUUGAACGACGCGCUUCUGAGCAGCGUGAGAUUAUCGAUAUCUCAUCUGGUGAUGAAGAACUCACGGGGCCCUCGCCACGUCGUCGGCAGCAAGCCCAGUGGUCCCCCGAGAGUGGCCAACAGCAGGCCGUCGAGGCUCAGGCAGUGCGGCGGCAGGCAGCUGCCACAGGAGAAGUGCAGGGAACUUUUGUAGAUGAUCCUCCGCCCUAUGACGCCACCGGGGACAUUAGGAUGUUCGGAUUCUCUGAUGCUGUUGUAAGCUUCUUAGAAGCCCGCAAGAUCAGCAUCGAGGGAUGCGCCCUCGUUUCAAAAGGUAUCGACUAUGAGGUUGAUGUCUGGCCGCAUUACUUCUGUCAAGCUGGCCUAUCCUCCGACGAUGCGUUCGCACUCGGGGAACCGAUUUUUGAGAAUAUGGAUCUUGACGCGAAGCUUGUCUUGGGCUUCCUCAAUGACGACGAUGACUAG